GUCAGUCUGCUGUGAUCAACAAAGCUGCUGCAUGCAUCACAUUUUAAUAGGAAGCAUGGAAGUUGGCUGGUGGAUCUGUGCGCUUGGAUUACUCAGCAUUCCAGCUGGAGUGAACACCUGGCCAGUUUCUCAGAAUCCUUCACGCACGUCUGUCGUGACCGUCAACUCCUUCUCGGAGAUAACAUGCUCCACCAGGUUGCCUGAUCCAGUAGGAGUGCUUUUAGGCAGGCAUUUUCGAAGCCAACGGGAUGUGCUGUACCUGUCCUUGGAGAGAGGACGGAUUGCCAAGAACACAACAGCUGCAGAAUUUGAGGGCCGAAUUCACAUAACACCUUUCAGCCACCCUGAACAAGGCCAUGGCUUCACUAUCAAAUUGUCUCUGCUGCAGAAGGAUGACAGUGACAUGUAUAUCUGUCAGUGGACCUUCCUCAAAUCAAACACUUGGACUGCGAAGACCAUCCUCAGCAAUCACUCCAUUAUUGCUGUCAGAGAUGUGGAACAAUGCCAUAAGGCUUUGAAUACCAUCUUGAUUGCCAUGAAUGUGAUGUUAUUAACUGUCACAAUGGCAGUAGGAGUAGUAAUUGUAAGGCACAGAUACAAAUUUAAAGGGCACUUCCAACCAUGGGGACGUUCAAAACCAACCAGAAAAUUCAGGAUACAACAUGUGUGCAAUCAUGAGAGGGGCCACAAUUAUCCUCACUUCGAAAGUGCUUACUUACAUUGCUAAGAUAUUUUUGCAACAUUCACGUUUUUUUUUCUUGCAUAAUGCAACAAAAAGCCCAGCCUGCAAACUGCAAAGGUGUUAAUUCAUGUUCUUUUUUUCUCCCUUUUCUGAUCAAACAUGCUUUGCAAAGCUGUUAUUUGAGUACACCUCAUCCUGCCUAUAAACAUUGUUGUGUUCUGUGUUCGCAUGGAUGCUUCACUGACCAAAAUGCUGACCUAUGACUAGAGAUGUCCGAUAAUAUCGGCAGUCCGAUAUUAUCGGCCGAUAAAUGCUUUAAAAUGUAAUAUCAGAAAUGAUCGGUUUCAAAAAGUAAAAUGUAUGACUUUUUAAAACGCCGCUGUACGGAGUGGUACACGGACGUAGGGAGAAGUACAGAGCGCCAAUAAACCUUUAAGGCACUGCAUUUGCGUGCCGGCCCAAUCACACAAUAUCUACAGCUUUCCGCACACACAAGUGAAUGCAAGCAUACUUUGUCAACAGCCAUACAGGUUACACUGAGGGAGGCGGAAAAAACAACUUUAACACUGUUACAAAUAUGCGCCACACUGUGAACCCACACCAAACAAGAAUGACAAACACAUUUCGGGAGAACAUCCGCACCGUAACACAACAUAAACACAACAGAACAAAUACCCAGAACCCCUUGCAGCACUAACUCUUCCGGGACGCUACAAUAUACACCCCGCUACCCCCUCCCACCUCAACUCCGCCCACCUCAACCUCCUCAUGCUCUCUCAGGGAGAGAAUGUCCCAAAUUCCAAGCUGCUGUUUUGAGGCAUGUUAAAAAAAAUAAUGCACUUUUUGACUUCAAUAAUAAAUAUGGCAGUGAUCAUGUUGGCAUUUUUUUCCAUAAUUUGAGUUGAUUUAUUUUGGAAAACCUUGUUACAUUGUUUAAUGUAUCCAGCGGGGCAUCACAACAAAAUUAGGCAUAAUAAUGUGUUAAUUCCACGACUGUAUAUAUCGGUAUCGGUUGAUAUCGGAAUCGGUAAUUAAGAGUUGGACAAUAUCGGAAUAUCGGAUAUCGGCAAAAAAGCCAUUAUCGGACAUCUCUACCUAUGACCUAUAUCCGCUACCUGGGUGCUGCAAAAUGGUUGCUCGCUGCUCUCCAAGAGGAUGAGUUAAAUGUAAAAUACAACUUUCACUGUAUGUUGUACAUGUGACAAUAAAUAUGGUCUUUCUUCAAUCACAAACAUUAAAAUGUCAGUAAUACUGUCAAAAUGGGAAAAACACUGUACAGUUAUACUGAAUAAAGUAAUCCAA